GAAAGACAUUUACACCGGAGCUUUGGACAGAUUUGUUUUGCGGCCCCACGUGAUCCGGCGGAGACAGACGAGGGUGAACAUCGCAAAAUGGUCCCAAGAAGAUGGAAGGUGCUGCCCGGGAGCGAGGCCCAACCCCCACCCAGCAGGCAGGUUAAACCUGAGGAGGGCCUGGAGAUUAAGGUCAAGGUGGAGGAGGAGGAGGAGGAGGAGGAGGAGGAUGAGGGCCUGGAGGAGACCAUGGAGAUGUAUCGUGUCCACAGCACCAACACCAACAUCCCACCCCGGACUAAGACAUGGCUCCAAAGAAAAGGCAGAAGUGCAGGGUUAAGGCACAACCCUCAACACAAACCUGCCAUGCAGAUGUUGCUGAACCAGGAGGAGGAGUGGCAGGAGUGGCCGGAGGAGAUGCCACAGGAGGAGGAAGACCUGGAGGAGGAAGCCCUGGAGGAUGAGACCAGGGAGGGAGGCCAUAUCCCCAACACCGCCCCAUCCUUGAAUGGCCCAUUUAAAGCCAACAAUGCAGCCCCUUCUUCCGUGUCUGUGUCAGACACAGCAUCAGAAACGGACGCCCCAUUGGUGGUGAGGAAGGACUGGAGGAAGGUUUUGCCUUUUACCUUCAGCAGGCAGCAGGAAGGAGAACUGGUGGAAUGGUAUCGGCAAAACACCAUCCUGUACGAUAAGGAACAUGAAGAUUACAGGAUGAGGGAGAAGAAGAACAAAUUAUUCCAGGAAAAGGCGAAGGAAUAUCCUGACUGCUCCUAUGAUCAGCUCUGCCAGUGGAUCAAGAACCAGCGGACAAUAUAUGGAAAGCUGACGAUCAUGGGGACAAAAACUGGGACUGCUGGGAAAAAGUUCACCAAGAGGCAGCAGUGGAUUCACGACAAGUGGUCGUUCAUGAAACCGCACAUCGUGCGAGUGGAGAGGAGGAGGAGCUGCAAGAAGUUUCAAAAGUUAAAUCCACCGCCCAGUGCGCCCCUUGCAGAGGUGGAAGAUCCACUUGAGGUGACAUCUAUAACCAGGGCCGGCCUUAUGCCAAUUGGACCAACUGUUCCCAAUUGGGCCCCGCGCCUCCUAAUGCCGGCCCUGUCUACAACAACCCCCUCCACCAGUCAGCAGCACUAUCAGAGGAGGAUGGCACAUGAAAACCACAGCGAAGCCUCCUCACCAGACGUCACUAACGGAGACGAAGAGGGAGAACGGAAUGAGAUGAUCAGGAUUCUCAUUGAACAGGCAAAAGAUGCAACCAGAGCAUUUCAUGAAGACCCCAAGCCCAAAUCACCGCAGGAGGAGUAUGUGAAGAGCUUGACCAGAUUCAUUGGCUCUCUGAUCAAUUGUGCACCGAAUAAUCGCAUGCUGACAUUCACCAGAGGCCUUCUAAACUAUGUGUUGGAUUUCUGCGAACAGUCUGAGCAGCCGAUGCCACAAGUGCGACGUCAACAGAUGCCACCACGGCAGAUGUUUCCCAUGGAGCAGCCAUCUCAAUAUUAUGAACAGCAGUCACUGAUGGGACAUCCACCACACAUGCGAAUGGGGGCACAACCACAUCUGCAGGCUGACCAGAGACGGUUAUCUAUGACAUCACCACAGACAUACGCUAACCUGCAUCCGGCAGGUUCACUAACAUCUAAUAAUGUAGACUAUACGCCACAGGAACAACACAGACUGGCACCACCACCACGAGGGGAUUACAGCAGGGACCAGGGGCAUCAUUGAUUCUCUCUUCAAUGUUGACGCUUCUCUUCAUGUGGAACGUUUGUUAACGUUAUUUGUUUGCCGUUGUAUAGAUUUAUUUUGAACUUCUAAGGUUUAUUAAAAUAUCUUUAUAAAAAUGCUGCUAUCAAAAAA